AUGAACUUUAUGACAUCGAUAUUGCUCCUAUCUUCUCAGGCAUAUUUGCACUCAACAUUUACACACUACACCAGCAACUUCAGUGCGAUCGAGACCCCUGCUCCGUUCAUCCAAAACACAUCGAGCCUAAAUUACAACGAGACGAACCACAUAUUUGCCAAGAUAGAAAGCGAGCACCAGGUGUAUGAUUCUAGUCGGAGCACAGAUGAUACUUCCGACUCCGUGUCUGCUGUAGAUCUUGACCAUUUGAAGAAGAUCAUCAUUGGAGGCCGCACGUUCCUAGCAUGCACGGACUGCGACGACAGCAGUUACAGCGACUCCGAAGAGCAAAUAUUUGCCCAGGCCCCUAUCCAGGAGCCAAUGGGGUUGGAACUUGAGAGACACGGUGGAGAAUACAUGCCGAUUUAUAAGCGUGACGUGCAAGCACAGCAGAUCCUCGAGGACGGGAAAAUCCGAGAGCUAGCCAAAAAGCUUCUCAAAUGGGGAAUCAAAGAGCCGUUUGAAAAAAUGCAUCCACCAAAACGCCCCGCGCACCGCUGCAAGGAGGAAGCAUCAAAGCCGAAGGAAAAAGAGGUAAAGCACAUCACCAAGGUGAUGACUGUAACCGUAUCCAAAACUGUAACUGUUGGGAAAAACGAGCCGCUGAAACCAACCAAGAACCAUUUCCUAUCGAUGUUGACAUCUAUUUUGCAAAGUUCCACCGCAGCAAAGUAUCCUCCACGCAUAACAGUGACCCUGAAAUGGACUUCUCAAGUGACGAAAACAGUAGAUGUACCAGGCGGCUUGGUAAAAACGCAUUCGGGUCGCUUUGACUUUUCAUCAAGUGUGCCCAACAAGUUUUCUAGUGCCGCUCUCCCUACCACCACCAACACCAGGAGAAUUCCACCUCAAGUUACUAGUCCCACGGAGUUGCCCUUGCUUCCUACUGCUACCUCUACUUUCCUGACAAGCCUGACAAGGAAAGUAGGAAGUACAAACGAUGAGUCAUUUUUGAGCAAACUCACCAGUCUCCUACCAACGACCACGCUUAAAGUGUACCCUUUACCCGUACCCGAUUUUCACUCAACCUUGGAUGGUUUUUCUUCCCAACAUCAGCGAAAGCUCUUGACUUUAUCAGAAAACACCAAGGGCGCAAUAUCCACAACUCGACCAAGGCAUGAUUCAAGCUCCCAGUCGGACUUUGAAAGUUUCCCGACCGAGCCUUUUUUUGAAGACGACGACUUUCCGAAUGAAGAUGACUAUGGCUUUGAGAUAACCACCACCACAUCGAAACCUCCACCCCCACACAAGGCCCUUCCGUUGACAAGUUUGCGUCAUGAAGCCAGGACUACUCGAAAGAUAACGCAUAGCUCAGCAAAUGUCAAGUCUAGGUUUCCGUCAACAGAGUGGGAAGAACAGGACUCAUCUCGUCGUCUCGAAUCGCAAUAUGAUGUGAGCAGCACCUUUGUCCCAAAACCUCCUUCAUCUAUACUGAUGCCCUCAACUUACUGGACAAAUACAAAGUUUUUUCCUUCGCAAAGUAUUAGCUUGGACCCCACGACAACACCUGAACCUGAACCUGAAUUUGAACCUCAGCCUGAACCCGAACCUGAACCCGAGUCUGAAUUUGGACCUCAGCCCAAACCUGAAUCUGAAUCUAAAUCUGAGCCUAAACCUGAGCCUGAACCUGCCUUCAAGCCUUCAAUUACACAGAAGAAAAACACGGCAGACUUUGAAUUGAAUGUCCCUACACCCCCACCUUUCUUGAAACCAAGUUCUGAAGAGACCAGAUAUGCAGCAGAUUCGUCGACGAGUUUCAACUUGGGCUCCUCCGCGACCUCAGAGGCUCCUUCCAAAUCUCCAUCUUCGCCGGUGAAAACUUCAGGUACGACGAAAUCAUUGACAUUGAGUGACUCUCCAAAAAAAAAAAAAAAAACCUCAAGUCCACCAUUAGACGCGAGCAAGCCGGAACCUAGUCAGGUUAGAGAAGAUGUGGUCUUUGAAUCCGAGUUGGAUACAGAAGCGGAAGACGAAACUGACAGUUUUCCCAUGUCGACUGGAAUCUUUGUCCCUGAUGACCUGGUCUUUUCAACUGCUUUCCCAAGUCCAUCUGCACCAGAGACAGCCCCGAGCUUCAAAUUCUCUUCUCCGAACGCUUCCCUUGUAAAGUCUGUCAUCACCCCAAUACCAUCAGCCACGAGAGACAGCCCUGAAACCACAUCCCAUCGGAUUCUCCCCAUUGAUAGUAAGCACACCGGUUUUAUCGAUGGUAAAGGUGGUCACAGUGGCAACAGUGGUAAGGAAAAAAUAAUCGAUGUACCAAAAUCGUGGAAGCUGCUCUUUUCAAAAAUAAUUGCUUCGACAUCGGCCCGCAAAACCAUCCAUAGCACUAGCACCAGCAAGUCAACUUUGCAAUAUUUGAAGCCUACCAAAAGUCAGUCUAUCCCAUUUCCGACCCGGACAGCGGUAGAACACGAUGAAGGUUACCUCUGCAUAGGAACGUGCGAAGAAACACAGUCGCAGGUAACCGGAACCAAAUCAGCACCAAUCUUGACUAAACCAAGCACAGGAACUAAGUCGCAAAAACAAAAGCUGUACACUUUGGAUACAGACGGGGAGCUCAGCAUUUCCACGACAUCUGGAGUCAAACAUGGGCUUACCCGAACCCAAGAAGAAGAAGAAGAAAAAGAAGCUGAUCCUCCUUCAGUUUCCGACGAUCCGGAAAUGACUUACAGUAUACUUCCAAUCGGCGGCACGACGAUCGUUUACUCGAACCCUGGAGUUUCUGAGCUUCCAACAGUUCCAAGUCAUUAUUUCGAAAAUCCUGACGAGAGCGAAACGAGCGGGGGCACCACCACCGCAAUGAACAUGUUGGAUCCGGACCACUUCUUCUCGUCGCCAAUCCAGUCUUCAGAGCCUCCAGCAGCAGAACAGCCCGAGGUGACUUAUAGUAUACUCCCCAUCGAGGGAACAACAAUCAUACUAAAUCCAGAUGAUGCCCCACCUAUGCCCUUUCCAAAUUUCCAAGAUCCUCCAGAAGAGUCUGGGCCUGAAAUCACGUACAGUAUACUUCCAAUUGGAGGCACCACCAUCAUUCUAGACCCAGAGAGGGCAUUUGAAACCGAAACCGAACCAGGGUUCCCUCCAGAUAUGCCAACUGGUAUACCAAUGGAGAUGCCAACUGAUAUGGAUAUGCCAAUGGAGAUGCCAACGGGGGUGCCAACGGGGAUGCCAACGGGGAUGCCAAGCUGGUUUCCAUCCACCUUUUCACUUACAUUUCCUACCCGUAUGCGGAGCACUUUUUCGCGGCCGGCACCAAGCGAUGAGCCAGAAGUAUCGGCACCUACCUCCUCCAUGAGUGGCCAUAGACUGCGCGCAAAAGCAUCGUCGUCACUGAUGAGCCGCUCACGCUAUAUCGAAGAAUUGAUCAGCAACAUAUCAGCGUCGCUUCUACCCAGGAACCAUUCAUUAGAUUUGCCGAAAUUGACAACCAGAUCCCCUCGAGCAAAGACCAAAUCCGUGCUGCUGGCAAACGGAACCACUUUUGUAAAUGGCACCUUAUCUUAUGCCUCAGCUUCCAAGAAGGAUCCCAGGUUGACUGGAAUCACGCUUACGCCGGAGCCGUCCGGUCAAAGCAACGCCAAAGCUGCCUCGAAGCAAGCUUCCCAGGGCUUCACCGGGGUAGUGCUACCUCCACGACAGCACAUAUUGAGGUCGUUCUCCACAGUUUUGGACCUAUCUGGCUGCUAUAUGGCCAUGGGAGCGUUGAUAUUGGUGGUGCUGCUCAUGGUGCUAGGCUAG